GAAGCAAUCGUUCGCCCAAUGGCUCUGAGCCAACGAAUGUUUCCGCCGGCCUUUUUGGCUCUCGGCAUGGUGUUACCCGAAAGCUGCAAAUUCAUUUCGAGUGGUACCAGAAUGAUACGCCAUCGCAUGGACCCGGGCAUUAUUGCGAAACUACUGAACCAUUUCGGAAGGACUGAUGAGGAAGAAUUAAUCACACAUAUUCACUUGAAUUGCACACAUGUCCUGAAGUUAGGGAUUCGGCCGAAUAAGACCGUACGAUGCUAUCAAUAG